CUCUGUUUCUCUGCUUCACAAAAGUUUUAUUUAUAGAAGCAUCUAACAUGCGAUUUGCAUUUUAAUCUAGGGAAUUAAUGUCUUCUGAAGUUAUUAAUUUUUCUCCGGUCUCCAACAAAUUUACUGUUGCUCUGUGCGUACUGAAUCAGUGGGCGCUUGACUUUAGUGGAAAUACCAGACGUGUGAUUGAAAGUGUUAAAACUGCUAAACGUUUGGGAGCUAAGUAUAGAGUUGGCCCAGAAUUAGAGAUCUCAAGUUACGGAUGUGAAGAUCAUUUUCAUGAACUGGAUACUUAUACUCAUUCAUGGCAAUGCAUUACAAAAAUAUUGAAUGAAAUAAAUGAAAAUGUUGAAAUGCAAGAUAUUGUUUGUGAUAUUGGAAUGCCAGUUUUACUAGGAGGUGUGGCUUAUAACUGCAGAAUUCUUUUGUUAAAUGGGACUGUUCUACUGAUACGACCGAAAUUAGUCCUCGCAGAUGAAGGUUUACACAGGGAAUCUCGUUGGUUUACGCCUUGGCCUCAUCACCAGAGAAUCAUUGAUUUUGAGUUACCCGAAAUAGUCCGAAAAGUAACCAAGAAUUCUCAGUCAGUAGCAGCUUUCGGUGAUGCUAUUUUACGAUUUUCGGGAAAUGGCUAUUCUGAAUAUGUACAGAUAGGCUUGGAAACAUGUGAAGAGCUUUGGACGGGGACACCACCUCAUAUUGCUAUGUAUGCAGCUGGUGUAGAUGCUGUGCUCAAUUCAAGUGCCAGUCACCAUGAACUGAGAAAACUAAAUAGAAGAAUAGAGCUAGUGAAGUCUGCCAGUACGGCAAAUGGUGGUGGGUUCUAUGCGUAUACAAAUCUUAGAGGGUGCGAUUCUGGGAGAGCUUGUUACGACGGUUGUGCAUUAGCUGCAGUCUCCGGUCAGGUAAUUUUUCUGAGCCCACAGUUUGGAUUUGGAGAUGUCUCUGUUGAAACUGUCACUGUUUGUCUGAAUUCACUGAGAUCAAGGCGAAUCGCCAGUCGUUGUUUUGGACGUGCGGCUGCAGCUAGUGCAGCUGCAAAAUCCGAUGCAUUUGGUAUUACACACAGUUGUUAUCCAGUUGUUAAGGUACGAUUUCUUUUCGUUAUGCUAAAUAUUAUUUUUAUCGUUUAA